CGCGAGGGUCCUCGCGGUUGACCUGCGCUGCGGGUGGGUGUGACGUCAUGGUCUAAACUUUGAUUGCACGCCCUCCAUGUUUGGAGCGACAGCGCCCAGGCAGGACGGACUCACAGCGCGCGACGGACGGCACUACCACGUAAAGACAUAAAACGUCACCCACUGGAGGAUUGCGACUAUGCCGCGCGUGUAACGGGAGGCCAGUAACUCGUCUCUUCCACCAGGGCUUUGGUGGUUUAACCUGAUGUGACGACGUUAGUUAGUUUACUAAUGGAAAGUGCAGCUUUCUCUCCUCCGGGACGGAGGCUUUUAAAAGUCAUGCGUGCAGAUUCUGCUUUUGCAACGAAGCGCGCAAGUAUCCUCGCGUGAGCCGGGCGGUACUCGGCUCCGUCCGCACGAACCCAGAAUGAUGAAGCCCAAAGUUGGUCGGAUGUUUCUGGCCACAUGCGUCGGAUCCUUCUUCAUCCUUAUCUUAUAUUUCCAAAACAACUCAAGAUCAGGUACGAUGCAGCUCUCAGCAAGGACCAGACUGCCAAGCAAGACCAGGAGAAGUCCUCUUCAGACGCUCUAUGAUGGGGAUCAGACGGAUCAGGCUGCAGUGCAGGCCACUCUGCAGGGGAGGCGUGAGCUGCUGGAGGCAGCCUGCCGCUCGCACACGCGCAAGCGUCGCGUCCUCACCCCCGAGGACCUGCGCCACCUGGUGGUGGAUGACGAGCACAGCCUGCUCUACUGCUACGUGCCCAAGGUGGCCUGCACCAACUGGAAGCGAGUGAUGAUGGUCCUGACGGGUGACGGGCGCUACCACGAUCCAAUGGCCAUCCCCGCUAACGAAGCGCACGUGGCGGGCCGUCUGCGCUCGCUGGCCGACUAUCCUCCGCCCGAGAUCAACCGCCGUCUGCGUUCCUACCUGAAGUUCAUCUUUGUGCGUGAGCCCUUCGAGAGGCUGGUGUCAGCGUACCGUAACAAGUUCACGCGCAGCUACAAUACGGCCUUCCACAAGCGCUACGGGACCAGGAUCAUCCGGCGGCACCGGGCUGACCCGCAGCCCGAAGCUCUGGAGCGGGGCAACGACGUCGCCUUCGAGGAGUUCGUCUACUACCUGGUGGACCCGCGCACACAGAGGGAGGAGCCUUUCAACGAGCACUGGGAGCGGGUGCACUCACUCUGCCACCCCUGCCUCAUCCACUACGACGUGGUGGGCAAGUACGAGACCCUGGCCCAGGACGCACAUUAUGUCCUGAAGCUGGCCAGCGCCGACCGAGAGGUACAGUUCCCCGCCAUCUCCAAGAGCACGAGGACCACAGGUGACAUGACUGCCAAGUUCUUUAAUAACAUCAGCCCUUUCUACCAGAGGAAGCUCUACAAUCUUUAUCGAAUGGACUUCCUGCUCUUUAACUACUCAGUGCCAGCGUACUUAAAGCUGAGAUGAGGGGCUUCCGCGUGGCCACUCGCUCCUCUGUCUCAGUCCAACCCGAGGGGGCUUCUGCGCUGCUGGCUCGAGCCCUCUGGAAGUCUCGGUCCGGGAGCUGGCGAGCAGAGGUUGAAGUUCUGCUCGUGAGAGAGAAUGUCACAGAGAAAGCCACGCCCCCCCACAGGUGAAACCGCUGACAACCGGUUACUACUGCCAAGGCUCUACUGCUCCCGAGCCUUCCCAUAAUGCAUCUGUGUUAAGUGCCAACUCCCAGAUAUGUGCCUUUGUACUCUGAACAUUGUCUAAGUGAAGCAGGAUUCUUCAUUAGCUGGCAAAUGCAGAGUUUUCAUAUGCCCUCAUUUAUAUGCGUCCCACGUUUUAUAUUUAUGGUUUUGCUCAAAUAUUUAUUGUAAACGAUGUACGUUGCUCUCAAACUGAGUUCAGCAAAGUUUUACUCAGUGCUGUGAAUCUUUAUUUCAUAAAAACAAAAUGUGACUAGUUUUUCACACUUGUACUGGUACAGAUCUCCCUCUGGAGUCUGAAAUGAGCUCACGACUAGAGAGGAUUCAGAUGAGCUGUGGUACAGGACGGUACAGGACAGGUACAGGACGGUACAGGGCGUGCUCCUGAGCCGUCCCUCGGUACACGCUGGCCUUCUGACUGCCUCUUUAUUAAGCAGUCAGCUAUGUAACCAGUGCAUAACUGUGGUUAGGGCCCAGGAGGCGCCCAUCACUGGCCUCCUUGUUAAGCUAGGAAACUAGGCUGAAGAGCAACCCAGGUACCCGUCACUACAGGCCAGAAGAAACAGCUACCGAACACAGAAGGAUCAGGCUCAUGAGCUCUCAAACAGACUACCUUCAAAACAGGAUCGAUUUUGAUUAUUCAGUCACAAAAGAGAAAUAUUACAAAGUAACUGGAUAACAUCUGUGAGAUCAGUCAGCUUCUGAAUGAUAGACUCCACUGGAUUUACAGAUUGUACUUUAUAUUCAUGAUUGCCUAAACUUCUGGAAAUUAAUUUUGAUGUUGAAAUGUGUCUGAAACGCCAAACACUUAGCCAGUAUUACAGUGAAACCUGGGCAAAUUCCUGGUAAUAUGCCUCAUCACACUGGGUACGCGUACAGUAUCUUUUCCAUGUACAUUUGACCUUUCACCUCUCUUUCUCUUAUGUGCUUUUGGGAACAUAAAUGGCUCUGCCAGCACAACUCUGAGGUCUAUGGCUAAGGUAGUUUGUCUUUCCGGAUGUCCACAUGCAAUCUUCCUCUACCCACUGAAAAGAAAAGCCACUUAACCUCCACAUGACAAAUAAUUUACAUUAGUUAAUUGGUUUGGACCAUUUCAAAUGCCAGCGGAUGGUCAGCCCUGCGACAGAGUCUGCAACAACACAUGCCAUUUUUAAAAGAACUUGCAUAUUUUGCACACAAGCUGAGAACCUACUUCGGUACUGUUAAACUGUGAAGGCCACUGUGUUCUGGGCAGAACGACCCGUCCUCUGGUUUUGAUUCGUGGCUGAUUUUAAAGUGAGAGAGCAAGCUUCUGGUUUGUGGUCUGUGCUCGUCUUUAUUAAGGGACAGGGGAAACAUGCCAGGCUACAUGAUCAGUGUGAUCUCUGUUUGUGAAAUAAUGUAUCAUGUACAGAAAUAAAUUAAACAUUGAAAUGACUGAAACCUUGUUAAAAUGCAGCAAGUGAACUGUAUAAAACACGAUGGGGUUUUCCCACUCAAGUUAGAGUUUUAAAUAAAAGUGUCAUAUCUAAGGUUUGAGAAUGGAACGUUCCAGUUAAGAACACAUUCUUAUUACAUUAAAAAGAUUUGUACCUGGAUGGUGGCUUCAUGGUUCCAGCAUUAAAGACAACACUUUCCAAAACCAGUGAGACAAACUCACUCAAAGGCAUGUCAAUAACAAAAAUAUUCAGCAAAUCACCUGAAUGUUUGUCUUCAUUAUUGUUGACCUUUUUAGCAGGAAACUCCAAAUCUCUUCCUUGAACACGUCUCCUUACUGUAAUUCAAACCAACAGCCGAGAGAUUCGUCACAGCUGAGUCUUUUAAUCUGGUCAUGCUGGAGUGUGGAAGCACCCAUUCAGUCACAGACCCAAAACACUCCGAAGAGAAAGAGAUGACUGAACACAGCUUGCCGCAAACAUGUGGAAAACCUUUCCAUCCUCUGAAGUUCUUCCAGCUUUAAGCACAUUCAAGCCCAUUUAACAUCUGGGAUGACAACUGGAUACAGCUCAUCUUGGAUGACCGAGAAGCCCUGGAUUAUGUAGCCUUUUAGAUGAAGGUGUGUGUAAAGGUGUGUGUAAUUUGUGCACGUAAAUGUGUGUAAAGGUGUUUUUCCAUCACUUCCCUGAAGAAGAAGCCACAGGAGAACAUAUCCAUAGGUCAGUUAUGACAGUGUGAGUUUAAUAGAGACCUUUUAGUCCACUGUCUAUAACUUCCAGGACCUCAAUUCUUGUUCGAUCUCUUGUCCUGGUAAUCACGGGUUCAGUGGUGCCUAUCUUUCCUGACCCGGACCCGUUUAUUUGACCUCCAGGCUACCACAGGAUCAAGAGUCAGUUGGGGUUAAGUGCUUGUGGGUGCACUGAGGUGCCUACUAUGAGAAAAAACCCAGUCCCUGGGGGUGAGUGGUGGCACGUUAGUAUUCACUGUCAACUUGUGUAAAAGGAGCAUGUCAUGUGUAAUAAUGGGUUCUUAGAUGCCUGUGUGUGUGUGUGGGGGGGGA